CGUUAAACUACAACAAGUUACAAUUUUGCCCUUCACGUCUAUUGUCACCAGUUUUCAAUUAAUGCUUAUUUAGAAGUGAAUAAUUCACAUAACAAAAUAACCAAAGUUGAUUUAUUUUCAUACUCAAGUAAGAAUGGAUACAAUUAGUCCAUUAACAGUGCCGAGUGACUCUUGGAAAUCAUUGGUUUGCAAAAUAUGUAAGAAAGAUGAUGUUGUUUUGAACCUGAAAACUUGUGGAUGCUUUUUCUGUGACUCCUGUGACGGUGAUUCUCAAAAUAUAUGUGUCUCUUGCCGAUCUAAAGUCAAUCCAAGGAUAAAAUUGUCAUUCUCAAAGAAGCCAAGAUGCAAGUAUCAUGAACUCAACCAGUGUUUUAAUAAUGCUGAAUACAAGUGUAAUUGUAUUCCAGACUGUUUAGUCUGUGAUUCCUGCCUUAGCUUCAUUCACGAUAAAAGAGUGCGUGGAUCUUGUGUUCCUGAAAUUUUGACACCCAAAGUUACCACUAAUUAUGAACCAUGUCAAAUGUGCGAAGAGUUUAUUGCUGAAUUUAAAAUGACUUCGGAACCGUAUUCAAAAUUUUGCUUCGAUUGUAAAACAAAAAGUAAUGCUAUUUGUAUUCCAUUUGAAAAAGAUUCUGAUCAAGAUUCAGAUUGGAGUCAGUUUUACAAAGAGUAUGUACAAUGCUCACGAAUGAUUUUAGGUAAAAUUAAAAAAAUCGAAAAAGCGUUGGAAUUGACCAGUUUAGAUCGUGAACAGAGGAUACAAAAAUGCAAAGAUGCAUUAUCUCAGAUACAAAAAUGCUUGAUCGAAAAUACUGAGCAAUCUGACCGACAAAUUGCAGCUCUUGAACAGCAACUUGACAAUUUCAAAAAGAUUUCAAAUAUUUUGAAGCCCAAUGGUACAAUGAAAACAAUUCUUGAUCUACUCAAAAAUAAACAAUUGAACUUGCAUGGAAAAAAUGGAAAAAAGGAAAUAUGGAGUUUCUUGAACUUUUAUCGAGAAAAAAAUUACUACAACCCUCGGUACCCUAGAGCUGAAAAAAUUAAGACUUUGUAUGUGCGAAACUAUUCCAGGAAACAAUAUCUUUUGAAGUUUCCAUUACCUUCCAACUCAUCAGUAUCAUCCAACUCAGGUGUUCCAGCGAAGUCAGAUGUAUCUGUUCAAGAAAUCAUAGACAAUGGAGUCAAGCCGUUUGUUGUUUUGGUCGAGAAACCAUCUACAGUAAAUGAGCGUAAAAAAAUACUCGAAGAUAUCCAGAAACAUGAAGAUAAAUGGGUACGCAAAGAACGUUUUGAUGUGUUCGAUAUUGUGAUCAUAUUUGAUGCUGAUGCGACUGACAGUCCCAAAUACAAGAGGGCUAAAAUUUUGAACCGAAAAAAAGACGUGUCCAAAGUUUUUCUCCUUGAUUUUGGCUUUAAAACUACAGUCAAAAAUAGUUCAAUCGGUGAAAUCAACGAAAUCACUAUUAAUGGUAAAAAAACUUGUUUCCUUGCUCAACUCACGGGAAGUGUUAACGUAAAUUGUGACUUUAAGCAAAAGGAUGGAUUACCUAAGGCUCAGCACUUAGUAACUAGUGUGAGAUGCAAAUCCAACUCAUGAGACUCCGCGAGGAUCAGAAGGAAUACCUAUUGUCAAGCACCUAAUAAUUUAAGAAGACAUUUCACCUAAAAUUGAACCAGAAACUCAACUCAACAUAUCAGUAAAUCCGUAAAUUUUCAUUAUUUUUAUAAUGAUUUUUUUUCAUUCACUUGCAACCUUGGAUAAUUUAAACCGAACAAUCAAUCGAAUUGAAAGGAAAGGAAACUCAACAUCUUCAAAUCUUCAAAAGCAGCAACUAAUAUAAUAUUUACCCUGAAAUUAGACUAUGAAAUGGCAAUGAUGGAGAUGAUGCUGAUGAAAUAGAAAUUAUGCGAUUUUAGUUACAAACCAAUAAUGAGAUUAAUAAAUGAAAUGUUAAUAAUCAUUUUUAGGUCGAUCCUUCAAAUUAAAUUCAUAAUGAAAGUAAUUGACAAAAAUAGAGGCCUUCAAGGUUUCAUGAAAGUCAAGAUGAACAAGAGAAGAUGAUAUCGAUGUUGGUAUUGGCAGUACAUUGAAAGGUGGUAACGUUGUUGGAGGCCAAAUCGAGGUAGUGAUGAUGGACAACAAAUAAUAAUUAUAAUGAAAUAAUGAUAAUCACAAUAAAAUGUAAUACGAUAAUUACUCCGCCUUUAAUUUGUAAUUUGGAUGACCCUGAAACCGAUACAAACAAGUAAAGCCUCUCCUGGUCUAAUAAAAUUGGACCGGACUGUUGUCAGGGACUUUCUCUAACUCUCUUUCUUUGUCUUCCCUGAUUCUCCUUCUCUCCUUCUCUCUCUUAUGCCAUGUGUGAGUUAACCUCAUAACAUUAUUAUACUUUUCUGACUCUCAAUAUAUUUAUAUAUUUUUUUGUUAAUUAACAUUAUUUUAUUAAACAAAUCGAAAGGAAGUUUUGCUUAAGAAAAUUGAAUAAAUAAA